CUUAUUUCUCUUCUUGGUCAUCCAACGGCGCAUUUCUCCGUCAUUUCUAACAAAAUCCUUCGACUUGCUUUCCUAUUGUGCAUACAGCCAGUUUCGCUACUCAUUGAACUUGACACCUAAUGGAGUCUCUUCUCCAGCAAUCACGGGCGAUGUGCCCGUUUCUCAAGCGCACCUCUCCGACCUCUCUCCGUACGCUGGCAACGGCUACUCGCCCUAGCACCAGUUCUGGCGGAGGCACAAUGUCAAAUCUCCAGGUCAUUGCACGUCGCUGCCCUGUAAUGAGCAAGGCGUUGGCUGUGCAGAGUGCUCGCAUGGCUGGUACUAAGAGAUUCACCUCUUGUGCUGCCGGUGUGGCCGGUCUCGGCAUGAAGCAUUGCCGUUCUUCCCUUGGAAAGAGAGCAUUGCACUCGACCUCCGGCAACGGCGCAAAUGUGAGCGCUGAGAUCUACAAGAAUGCCCAGCGAGAGCACCCCGGCUUUUCCAAGAUCAAAAAUCCCUCCAAUGCAACCGUCGCCGCUACAUCUGGCCCUUGUCCAGAUGCCCCCGUGACGAGGCCAUUCAACUACGAUGCUUUCUACAACGCCGAAUUAGAGAAGAAGCACAAGGACAAGUCGUAUCGCUACUUCAAUAAUAUCAAUCGUCUCGCGCAGGAGUUUCCCCGGGCGCACACAGCAUCUGCUGAAGAACGUGUGACAGUCUGGUGCUCGAAUGAUUACCUUGGCAUGGGCCGCAAUCCUGAAGUGCUGGCCAGUAUGCAUAAGACUUUGGACACCUAUGGAGCUGGUGCGGGAGGCACGCGCAACAUUUCAGGUCACAAUCAGCAUGCCGUGGCGCUGGAAAACACCCUGGCCAAGUUGCACGGCAAGGAAGCUGCAUUAGUCUUCAGCUCGUGCUUUGUGGCUAAUGAUGCUACCCUCGCAACUUUGGGUAGCAAGAUGCCUGAAUGUGUUAUUCUGUCCGAUAGUUUGAACCAUGCAUCCAUGAUUCAGGGCAUUCGCCAUUCAGGGGCCAAGAAGAUGGUGUUCAAGCACAAUGAUUUGGUCGACCUUGAGACCAAGUUAGCAUCCUUGCCUCUUCACGCCCCUAAGAUCAUUGCAUUUGAAUCAGUUUAUAGCAUGUGUGGAUCUAUUGCGCCGAUUGAGAAGAUCUGUGAUCUCGCGGAUAAGUAUGGUGCCAUCACUUUCUUGGAUGAAGUUCACGCCGUGGGAAUGUACGGGCCUCAUGGAGCAGGUGUCGCAGAACACCUAGAUUAUGACAUCUACGCAUCUCAAGAUACAGCUAACCCGAGCAGUACUAAGGGUACUGUGAUGGACCGUAUUGAUAUCAUUACCGGUACUUUGGGUAAGGCUUAUGGAUGCGUCGGUGGGUAUAUUGCUGGAUCCGCUGCAAUGGUUGACACCAUCCGCUCCCUUGCCCCUGGCUUCAUUUUCACGACGUCCUUGCCGCCAGCUACCAUGGCUGGUGCAGACACUGCCAUCCAAUAUCAGGCUCGUCACCAGGGUGAUCGCGUCUUGCAGCAGUUGCACACCCGCGCGGUCAAGGCAGCAUUCAAGGAAUUAGAUAUCCCCGUGAUUCCAAAUCCCUCCCAUAUCAUUCCGCUCCUGGUCGGAGAUGCCGAGGUUGCCAGAAAAGCCUCGGACAAGCUCCUGGAGGAGCAUGGGAUUUAUGUGCAAGCCAUUAACUACCCGACCGUGCCUCGGGGUGAAGAGCGGCUUCGUAUCACGCCAACUCCUGGACACGUCAAGCAGCACCGUGACCACCUGGUGCAAGCCGUUCAAACCGUCUGGAACGAACUCGGCAUCAAACGCACCAGCGAUUGGGAAGCCCAGGGCGGUUUCGUCGGCGUGGGCGUUGAGAGCGCCGAAGCUGAGAACCAGCCGAUCUGGAAUAACGCACAGCUGGGUUUAAAGGAAAAUGAACCCGUUGAGGCUGCUGUGGAGCGUGAGUUUGCUGAGGCAGCCCCAACUGCCACCCAUGUGCAGACCGAAGCUCCCAUUCGUCCUGCGGCGUCUUCAAUCCCUGUGGAAGUAGCUGCUUGAAGUGGCUUAUUAAUGCGAGCUUCAAUUUUUUAUGGUGGAAUCAUUUAUACAAUGUUUAUAUAUUCCACGUCCACUCCUUGACUAUGUUCGCUGCUGUGCAUGAUAUACCUGGGCAUAAUUGGUAUUUGGACUGUUAGCUAGAAACUAGUCUGUUGUUACCAUGUGUGACUUGGUUCUUGAAAUUUGGCAUGCCGUCUACUUUAAAUUACAACUCAUCUCAUCUGUAGCUGCACAAUCUCAUAUAUACCUCCUCGCAGCUGUAGUCGGUUUAGUAAAAAGCCCAGUAUUUGAACUCCAGGUUCCUUCCGCCAAAUAUGCAUACAAUCCAUACGUACGGUAGUUAUACCGCAGCCUAAAGUAUAUAUCUGCUUCUUGGGACCUGGUACAUGUAAUUCUUAAUUAAAUACAGAUUAAUUUCUCUCCCAGCAACGUGGUUUUGUCUGUUUAA